AUGCUUGCCUCAGCCUUUGUUGCCGCAGCUUUCGCGCCGGCCGCCCUCGCCGCCACAUCAGCAAAUGUCUCUCUGCCAGCGGUUGUCGAGUUUGACUUGGUUUUUCCGCGAAACGAGACCUACGCGUUGAGCCCGACCUUUCCCUUCAUCUUUGCGAUACAAAACGCCGAGCUCGUGUCUUACAUGGGCAGCUCGGGCCCGAAUGUGCAAGUCAGGGUGCGCCGCGAGGACGACUACUCGGCAACCAUAAGCAACUUUGAACCGCGCCUGAACUACUCCAAGAGCAACGACGACACCAAGAGCGGAAGCGAAAACAGCGUGUACUUUGUGUACGAGGACAUGCGGAGUGCCAUCUUGUCCAACGGCACGUGGGUGAUUGCGUGGGACGUGACGAUGCCAAACUGCUCCCGGGAUCCAGACGGUUCCAACGGGAAACAGCCGGACUUUGAGACGCCCAAAGACCAGGGCGGCGAGUGCUUCCACUUGCAGGACGAAGACCGCAUGAGCGCAGGCUUUAAUAUUACCGACAUUCUUUCUCUCGAGGGAGAGUAUGGAAAGACUCGCAACUUUUUCUCGGGAAUGGACAAUUGCCUCGUGACUGACAACGACCCUUCGCUGCCAAAGACCAACCCUUGUGGUGCAAAGGUCGACUCGGACUCCGCAUCUACCAUGUCUGGAGCCUUGUUGGCCACGGCUUGCUCGCAAAUUAUUCCGCUUGUGAGCUGCCCCCCAAAGAAUGCCGCGCCAAGGGCCCUUCCUGUUCCCGGUGUAGUUUCUAGCAUAAUACUGGCUGGUUUCGCCAGUUUGAUCUGA